AUGCGUGGAGGCGCUACGUUGGCCGUGCUGGCUAUUUUGGCGGCGGCUGGGGCAUGCCCCGGCCCCUUGCCCCAGGGCUGCGCGUGCACAGAUGGGGACACGCGACUUACGUGCCGGUCAGCUGGAUUGCAACACUUACCCCCUCUUAAUGAACAACUUCUCACAUUAGAUGUUUCACACAACAACAUCAGUGUUUUGCCUUCAGAUGCGUUACUUCUUGCCACAGGACUUCGUGACCUGAACCUGUCUGCGAAUCGUUUGGAGCGGAUCGCGGCGGAUGCGCUUAACGGAGCGGCUCUUGCCCGACUCUGGCUUGACCGCUGCAUGUUGCUGCAACUCCCUCCAGCGAAGUUGCCGCGGCUGCACUAUCUGUCCGCAGAAGACAACCUAUUAACGGAGAUAGAAGCAAAUGUCCUAUCCGAAAUAAGAUUUCUUCGGGUCCUACGUUUAGCUCGGAAUCGACUGGGAAGUGUCCCCGAAGCGAUAGCACACACCACGCGUUUGCAGGCACUGAACCUCGCUGGUAACUUAAUCACAGAACUGACGGAAACGUCGCUUCCAUCACUACCCGUGCUUCACACUCUGAUCCUGAAACGCAACCGAAUCACGCACAUUGACCACAACGCAUUCGUCAACACACCAGCGCUACGUGUCUUGCGCCUUGAAGAUAAUAUGCUGACAGAACUAUCGCCUGCAAUCCACGUUUUACCACUGCUUGAAGAUUUGUCACUAGCGAACAACAGGAUAGAACGCGUGUCACUUGGACUACAGACUUGUUCCCGAUUAAGUCGGCUGGAGCUCCGGGGAAAUCCCCUUUCACAACUACACCCGCAAGCCGUCGAACAUUUACCAAGACUAACAACAUUAAUCUUAUCAGAAGCGCGCGGUCUUCCGUCUGUACCAUCCCUGAACGGUUCCACUCGUCUCCGAACCCUGAGGCUGGAUCAUGCGAGACUCAUUAGGCUUCCGCCGCAUCUUUGCGUGCACGCGCCUCAACUUAGAGCAUUAGAUAUAAGAUCGAAUCAACUAAGUGAAGUACCUGAUCUUCACGAAUGCUCUGAGCUGCGUGUAUUGGAUAUGUCAGAUAACAACAUCGAGUCUAUAGGAGAUGGUGCUUUGCGUGGUCUGCGGCGUCUACACGACCUGCUUUUGGCCAGAAACCGCAUUAGAAAGAUACCCUCAGAUGCCUUUCUACAUACAAACCGCCUUCAAUUACUAGACCUCGAGGACAAUCGUAUUGAGCACAUCGAUAUGGAAGCUUUCGUCCCUAUUUCUAAAUUAGAAGACUUAAACGUGGGAAACAAUAUGUUUCCAAGUCUUCCAGCCAGCGGCUUACAACAGCUUCUUCAUUUAAAAGCGCAUAAUAACCCACAUUUGCGUCGUUUCCACCCACCAGAGCUCUUUCCCCGGAUACAAACCCUCGUCCUGUCUUAUGCAUACCACUGCUGCGAAUUUCUGCCUUUAAUGGAGGAUCCUGGCAGUGGUGAUGAAGAGUGGAGCGAGCGGGAAGGUUUCAGCGAUCUGGUGUUGUUACCACCAGCUCACGUCGACUUAGCUGCCUGGGCUAAUGCGACCGAUAUCUGGCCGCAUUACCUAAAUGCAACUGAUGAAAGCGGAUCUCGUCUGCCAGCGGCGGGUUCUUGGAGCGGAGUAGAAUUACGCUCGGGUGGGGGUCGUCAAGUGAGGUGUCUUCCCUUACCUGGACCAUUUCUGCCCUGUGUAGAUCUCUUCGACUGGUGGACACUUAGAUGCGGCGUCUGGGCAGUAUUUUUAUUGGCAUUGCUGGGCAAUGGCACAGUGGUAUUCGUAUUGGUGUUCAGUCGCAGUCGCAUUGACGUGCCCAGAUUUCUUGUUACUAACCUUGCUGCUGCAGACUUUUUCAUGGGGAUUUACUUAGGAUUCCUUGCAGUGGUGGACGCUGGAACGCUAGGAGAAUUCCGAGCACACGCCAUAGCCUGGCAGAUGUCCGGUGGCUGUCGCCUGGCUGGCUUCCUCGGUGUAUUAUCCUCCGAGCUAUCUGUUUAUACACUUGCUGUGAUCACUCUUGAAAGAAACUACGCUAUCACACACGCCAUGCACCUUAACAAGAGACUGUCGCUUCGCCACGCUGCUGUCGUCAUGGCAGCAGGCUGGGCUUUUUCUCUAACUGCAGCUUCAUUACCCUUACUAGGUGUUUCCGAUUAUAGGAAAUUCGCCGUCUGCCUCCCAUUCGAAACGAGUACACCAGUUUCCCUCAGCUACGUAGUCGCGUUGCUGGUCAUCAAUGGUAUCGCAUUUCUAGUCCUGCUCGGGUGUUAUCUUAAGAUGUACUGCGCUAUUCGAGGAUCCCAAGCUUGGAACUCCAAUGAUUCGCGCAUCGCCAAGCGUAUGGCAUUGCUUGUAUUCACCGAUUUCCUUUGCUGGUCCCCAAUAGCAUUUUUCGCCUUGACAGCAGCUUUUGGCGCCCAACUAGUCUCGCUCGAAGAAGCGAAAGUAUUUACUGUUUUCGUUUUACCAUUGAACUCAUGCUGCAAUCCUUUCCUGUAUGCAAUCCUUACCAAGCAAUUCAAAAAGGAUUGUGCUCUCGUAUGUAAGGCUAUUGAAGAAUCGAGGGUGACGCGCGGCAUUGGCAGAUGUAGACACUCGUCUAACUUUAGUAAUAGACAAACACCGGCUAACACAAACAGUCUAGCAGAAAGAUCGUCUAGAGGGCAGCACGGUGCGGCAUGUGCUUGUCGUAGGUUGUUGCCUGCAAGUGGCGCUCCGGUAGUCAGCGAGACUAAUACGAACACUGCUGGAUCUGGUGAAGCGAGCGGAGAGCGGCUCCUACGGUGGUUGCGAGCGUGUGGUCGUCGGUCGACGGCACCCGUGCCUCCGACACCGCGCCAAGUUCCCGCCCCUCCCGUACGCACAGGUUCCGUCUCUUCCUCAGUAGAAUUCUCAUCAUCACGUUCAGACUCUUGGAGAACGUAUGGCCGACCGCCUCCACCGCCGCGGCGAGCUGCGUCCUGGCUAGUCGCCCGAAAAACAUCACAAGAUUCAAAUCUAUCGUCCUCACGAAACGACUCGUCGGGAUCAAAUGCGACGGCGUCUACAGGAACUUGGCGGACGUCGAGGUCGGGAGGUAGCGCGACGACAGCGAGUGGGUCUAGACCACGUCUAACCAGACAGCCGGCAAUUAUUGCUGACGAGCCCCCGGCGUCACCCGUAGCUUUGCCGCCUCCUAGACUAUUACACACUAUACCAUCCGCGGCAGAAACUGAAAUACAGCCAGAAGAAAGCGAUUUAAAGUGA